ACGUUGUCGCGAUAUUUUAAUAACAGAAUUCUACAUGCGGAUGGUAGGUUUGCACACAAUGAGGAAUAUAUCUUUUUUGCGCAGUACAUGUCUGAGAUUGAGCAGGUUGUUUCUAAUGUAUCCAUAGCAUUACGAAAAGGGAAAGGCUGUAUGUCUCAAAACGUACCUGAUAAUAAGGUAAACGAUAUGUUAAAAAAUGAUGAAUCUUUGAAAAAGUUGUUGGAGUUUGAUGAUGGGUAUCGUUUCCUUAAACCGAUUCGAGGUACCCCAGCUUUUUGGCAAGGAGCACAGCGUGAUCUGCUUGCUUGUGUUCGUCAGCUCGGUGUUCCUACCUGGUUUUGUUCCUUUUCUUCUGCUGAUAUGCGCUGGACAAAUCUUCUGGAUAGUAUUUUGAAGCAGGAAGGUAGAGCACAGACUGCUGCAGGUUUAGAGUGGGCAGACAGGUGUGAUCUUUUACGCUGCAAUCCUGUCACUGCGGCCAGGAUGUUUGAUUUCCGCUGGCAUGUUUUUUUGAGAGAGGUACUUAUGUCGCCAUCACAUCCGAUUGGUAAAAUUAAGGAUUACUUUUAUCGAGUGGAAUUUCAGCAGCGCGGUUCACCCCAUGUGCAUUGUUUGUUUUGGAUAGAGAAUGCUCCAUUGAUUGAUAAAAACACAGAUGAAGAAGUAGUUGAAUUUAUUGAUAAAUAUAUAACAUGUGAGUUGCCAUCCCAAGAUGAGACUUUAUUGGAAACUGUCACUUCUGUGCAGCAGCAUUCAAAACGACAUUCAAAAACUUGUAAAAAGAAAAACACGGUUUGUCGUUUCAAUUUUCCGAGGCCAGCAUCCGCUCGAACGUUUAUAUGUCGCCGUAAAGAUGAUGAAGAGUGCAAAAAAGCAUGCAGUUGUGAGACAGAUAAAUCUUCAACGUGUGUUAAUCAUAGUCAGAAAACUUCAAAUGACAUGAAGAAAAAACAUGCAGCAGAGAUAAUGACAAAAAUCAAGAAUGCUCUUUCCAAUGAGAAGAAUAGUUUUGAUAGUGUGGUACAUUUAUUCCAAAGUGUAGGGAUUGAUCAGGUCACUUUUGAGGCUGCAUAUACGUGUUUAGCUAGAAAUACACAUAUUGUGUUAAAGAGGCAAGUUAAUGAAGUCUGGAUAAAUCAGUAUAGCAAACCACUAUUAAAAUGUUGGCAGGCAAAUUUAGACUUGCAAUUUGUUGUUGAUGCGUAUGCGUGCGUUGUUUAUAUUAUCUCUUAUAUGUCUAAGGCAGAAAGAGAGAUGGGAUUGUUGUUAGGGAAUGCACAGAGAGAAGCAUCUAAGGAGGCAUUGAAAAAUCUAGGCAGUGUGUAUUUGCAUAACAGAGAUGUGUGUGCUCAAGAAGCUGUAUACAGAUUGACAAAUAUGCAUUUAAAGGAAUGUUCGAGGAAAGUUGUAUUUGUACCGACAGGGGACAAUAGAGUUAGAAUGAGUUUGCCUUUGAGUGUGUUGAAACAAAAGGCAAGAUCGCGCGCUUGUACCUCAGAGGUUGUUUGGAUGACUAGUUUUGUUGACCGUUAUAAAAAUAGGCCAAAUGAUAGUGUAUUCAAUGACAUGUGUAUGGCAACAUUUGCAUCUGAAUAUCGUGUUUUGAGUAAAAAUGAAAAAUCUCAGGCCAGCAUUAAAUUAAAGAAUGAUUGUGGUUUUAUCACGAAAAGAACACGAACAGAUCCUGCAGUUGUUCGUUACGCGCGCUUUUCUGAGACAAAAAAUCCAGAAUUGUUUUACCAAAGUAUAAUGCAGUUGUUCUUGCCGUAUCGUGCAGAUGUGCAGCUAAAACCUCCAAACUGUGAGACAUUUGCACAGUUUUACGAAAAUGGUCAUGUGAGGUUUAGUGAUGGGUCAAGACAUCCUGUUAAGUCAGUUGUUGAUUUGAAUAGAAGUCAUUUUGAAAUUAAAGCAGAUGAAUUGGAUGAAAUCCAGAAUACAAUUGAUAGAGAUGGUGUAUUAGAGGAUGCGUGGUGUGAGUUGUGCCCAGAGCAAGAGUUGGAGCGUUUACAGUGUGACCAAGAACAAAAAGACAAACAACAGAUAGUGGAAGAACAUGAGGAAAAUAUUCCAGAUUUAGCAGUAACUAGUCAACAUGUUGCACAUUUGGAAAAAAGAAAAAACAUCAUGUGUAGAAGUGAAGGUUUGGCUUUAAUUAGAUCUUUGAAUGAGACACAGCUUGCUGUUUUUUAUCAAAUUCGACAAUGGUGUUUAGAGAAAGUAUUAGGGAAAAAUCCAGAUCCCUUCCAUGUAUUCAUCACAGGUGGUGCAGGGACAGGAAAAAGUCAUUUAAUAAAAGCGAUUCAAUAUGAGGCAAUGAGGCUAUUGUCAACGGUGUGUCGUCAUCCAGACAAUAUUAGUGUGUUAUUAACGGCUCCUACAGGGAUUGCUGCAUAUAAUUUGCAUGCAUCUACUAUUCACCACACGUUUAGUAUCGGAAAAGAUGUUGGUUUACCCUACACACCUUUGGGUGAGGAAAAAGUUAAUUCUUUGCGCGCUAAAUAUAGUGAUCUUCAGAUUUUGAUAGUCGACGAAAUAUCAAUGGUUGAUCAUAGGUUGUUGUCAUACAUUCACGGUAGGUUGAGACAGAUUAAGCAAACCGGUGAUUUCUCACCAUUUGGAAAUGUGAGUGUAGUUGCUGUUGGAGAUUUUUUCCAGUUGCCUCCAGUAAAAGGGAAACCCCUAUAUGUAGAUGAUGUAGGUGUCAGCUUGUGGUCUAAUCUGUUUAAGGUCGUUGAAUUAAAACAAAUCGUUAGGCAAAAAGAUAACGUGUUCGCAGAGCUAUUGAACAGGGUGAGAACUCGAUCAAAAGGAACCCCAAUGUUAAGCAGUGACAUACAAAUAUUGAAACAUUGUGAAACUGGUGAAGUCAGCUCAGCUUUACACAUAUUUCCUACAAAUAAACAAGUAAAUGAGCAUAAUUUGGCACAGCUGCUUAACAUUUGUCCUGAAUAUGUCGAGAUAGAUGCUCAGGAUUUUGUGAAUAAUAAGAAAACAGGCAAACAUAUAACACAUGUUUGACUGAACAGCUGUUGUUGGGUGAAAAUGCGCGUGUAAUGCUGUGUAAAAACGUGGAUGUUACAGAUG